UGUACAUGUUUUGAUUCUCAUUAUUAUUAAAAAUAUUUAUCUUUGAAUACGAAUAUAUUUUUUACUAGUUUUAUUUUGAUAAUUACCUAGGCCUAUUUUAACUCUUUUAUAUUACGCAUAUAUUUUAGAUACUUAUCUAAUUUACAAUGUCCAAUCAAAGAUCGACCAUCGAUCGGAGAAGAAGGGGAAAUAAUUCGAAAAACAUGGACAAAGUAUUUGUUCCACAAACAAUGGACACGAUUGAACGUAUAGAAAAAAUACAAAACGUUGUUGGGGUACUGUUUUUCCAAAAUGACAAUCUAGAGAUGUCUAGUGUUCCGGAGAGUCUAGCUCAAACUGUAGCUGUGAAAUUACCGCCAUUAUAUCACAUGGUUACGAGGGCAGUUACGGAAAUUGAUGUGUUAGACGACGUGGUCGCGCUCCGGAUCGUGUCUCGGAACCUGGAGAUCAUGGUGGUCAUGGACUGUCAGUUUGUGACCUGCGCCGUGCAGAAAACCAACUCCGGUACACACAGGAGGAGGAAGAAGAGAACUGGGUUUAUAAAUAUGAGUUCAGCUACAGGACGUUUAAAAGCUAAAGAUGAAAACUUAAUCAAAAUGACCACCUCCAUAAACAAGUCCAACCCGAUGAUAGAUCGAAUCGUCAACGAUGAGUCCGUAGAGGGAUACGUGAUGACAAAUGAUCAAGGUACACCAAUUCUCACGACCUUCACCUCAGGGGCUGCUGUCAAAUUCGGCGCAAGUCUGCAGCAACUGGGGCUCAUGGCCAGCUCUUCCAUAAAAGAUUUGAAUACACUGGAUGAAAUAAUAAUACUGAGGAUGGUGACAAGGAAAUAUGAAAUCAUGGUGGCCCCUCACUCGGACUUCAACAUCAUGGUCGUCCAACACGCUAGGCACAAGUCGAAAAAGAAGAAAAUGUAAUAGAUCUACCUACUAACGUUUCCAUAUAUACCUAAGCACUCAUACGUACAUUAGUCUGUGUUUAUAUAAAAUUUUAGGUUAGGUUUUAGAAGGAAAUAAAAAAUCCUGAUUAAAAUUUAAA